AUGGAUGACGAGACGAUACGUGUUAUAGAGGAUAUUCACACCAGACAACAACAGCAACCAGAAAGGAAUAUUGAUAUCGAUAUGGAGAUUCUCCAAAAAUUUGCUCGCAAAUGGCAGACUGCAGUAAAGCGCUGGAAGAGAGCACUGCUCGACCGGAAAUGGGGUGCUUUAGAAAAGAGCGUGGGAGGCUUUGGGAAACGCCUGGUAACAAGGGACCAGACGUGCGGGUAUAUGAGAGGCACGACGAAGGAGAGCGGACUCGGGCGCAAGGCAAAAAGGCAACGAACUGGCCAGGGACAGGGGAAAGGAUUUUGCGAUGAUUCGCUCUCUUUCGCCCGACCCAGCGCCCAGGUUCCGCCAGGCACACAGGCACAGCCGUAUUAUUCGCAGAUCCACCCACCCGCAUGCCAGAUCCGGAUUUUCCACGAAAUAUUGGCUAUUUGGGGGGAGAUUGCGGCGAGCUCCGUCGCAACAAACCCCACAUUCCACAUGGUCACUUUCUUCCGUCCUCUCUUCGCUUUGCGCGUGCCCUGGUUUGAACCCGGAUGCGCUCUCAAUUCAAUGUUACCUUCCAACGGAGAACCGUUGGCUAUGACAGCGUCCACGCUAUUCCAGGAAUUAGGACGGUCUCAUCUCGCGUUGGCAAAAUCUGACAGGCAGAAGGCGCAAAGGCAGAGACGACGCCGAGACGCCAGAAAUGAUAUUAUGGUGUUCCUGGACGACCUAGGACUCCCCCAGGUUUCUUCCAGCGUUGUGUCUUUUAUUCCCUACACUGCACUCUCCAAAGUUAAAAAGUGUGGAGAUUCUUGCGUCUAUAUCGUCAUCGUGAUUGAAUUUGGAGAGCCUGGGACAGAACAUCCGUACCUGCAUAUAAGGUAA